AUGCAGAAAACCCUGGAGCUCUUCCUGCUGUUGAUUCAGAUCUACCAGACAAUAGAGGCUCACCCCACGGGGUCUUCGCUCCAAGAGAUGUUGGAAGCCUGGCAGGGAUACCAAGAGGCCUGCAUCCGAAAGAUGACAGAAGAGCCUCAACCAACAGGCCUGGUGUGUAACCGUACGUUUGAUAUGUACGCCUGUUGGGACGAUGCCCUCCCUAAUACAUCGGCCCAGGUUCCUUGCCCCUGGUACCUCCCUUGGCACCAGCAAGUGCAAGAUGGAUUCGUGUUCCAGAAAUGUGGCGCAGAUGGGCAGUGGGUGGUUGAUGCCUCUGGACUGCCGUGGCGGGAUCAUUCCCAGUGCGUGGGCCCCGAUGAUGACCUCCCUUUGCAGAAACGUUUGUGGAUCCUGGAACAAUUCCGCUGGAUGUACACCGUAGGCUACUCCCUCUCGCUCGUGUCGCUCCUUGUGGCUUUGACACUGCUGGCAGCCUUCAGGAAGCUUCGAUGCAUGCGCAACUUCAUCCAUAUGAACCUGUUCCUGUCCCACGUGCUGCGGGCAGCUGCCAUCCUUCUCCGAGACUCCCUGCUCUGGCUACACUUCCCCAGGGGCCUCCAGGUGGAUCUCUCGGCUCUUCCAAGGGAUCAG